UUUCUAUUUGUUUGUAAACAUUUAAACACAACAGUUCGCUUAUCGUUUGGGUUUUUUUUUGUGCAAAAUAACUUUGUAAGACGGCACUAUUCAUCACAUAAACGAACAUAUUUCGUUUCUUUCUGACGACUUUACUUGAAAAUCAACCUCCACUAUGGCCAAAAUCACGGUGAAAACGGAACCCGAUUACGAAAUGCACUCCACCCUGGAGGAUCAGCAAACGCAGCAGGAGGGAUCUGAGGAUAUGACUUCUUUCUGUUACGAAACUGUGGUCAAGGAGGAAGUUAUCCUGGAAGACGAAUUUAUUUCACCAGAAGAGGAGAGCGCCAGAGAGUGUAAUAAGGCAUUUGCCACGGAAAACAAAAGCCACAUCAAACGAGCUCACGAGAAACAUGCACAGAAGAGCUCGGAGGUUUCCGUGCUGGAAGAGGAUGGAGUCUUCAUCUGCAGUAAAUGUAACAAAACGUUUGAGGAGCGACACUUGUGCCAGCAACAUAUUUCGAAACAUUUUUCAUUGACGAAGGAAAGAACUGUUUCCUGUCCCAAGUGCCCUAAAAAAUUUUUAUCUGAAAAACAUCUUGCAAAACACGAGGCAUGGCACGAAGCAUCUAUCAAAAAACAAAGUGAAGUAAUAAAAUGCGAUGAAUGCAACAAGACAUUCAAAACCAAGCGCAUGUUAACCCGACACCUCAAAAGGCACGAGGCCAUGAAAGAAGGCAAAUAUCAAUGCAAGAUUUGCAGUAUGCGACACGCAUCUGACUACGAGUUAAAAAUUCACACUAAGAGGCACGAAAUUAACGUGAAAAUGCCGUCAGUUCCACCUCCAGUUAUAAUUGUAAGAAAUGAUCAUAGUGCAUUCCAAUGCUCCGAGUGCAGUAUGGUGUUCACCGUCCGACGGGCCUAUAAAACCCAUGCGCAAAAACAUAUAAAUAUACGAAAUGGCAUGUAUAAGUGCGAUAUUUGCGAAAAGAUAUGCGGAUCUUCCCAUAAUCUCGACACGCACAUGCGGAGACAUCGAAACGGAGAGAUAAAAGAAGUUACUCAACCUAGAGAACUGUCGUAUGAAUGCUCAAAAUGUGAUAAAAAAUUUGGCAGGCAGCUUCUGUUAAGUAAACACUUCAAAAUUCACGAGGCUAUCGAAAAAGGUCUUUACAAGUGCAAGUUAUGUGGAAAGUAUUUAGGGUCACCCAGAUCGCUCGUACUACACGAGCAAAGACAUGAUGCCAAUAAGAAAGCAAGAAAUGCACAUAAAUGUAUCGAAUGUGACCGCACGUAUUUUCGCAAGUAUUCCUUUAUCUGCCAUGUUAAGGCGAGGCACGGUGGAAAUGAACCGAAUCAACGAGAAAAUGUAAAAAUCGACAAAUGUUGAGCAUAUGUUACUUCAGUUUUUCUU